GUCGUCUCCCGUUCAGAGAAAGGUCCUGAGUCGUCUUGAGUUCAGCUGUUCGACAUCGUCGCAAGAAGGCGAAUAUACUCUACUACAAAGUUCCGGAGUUAAAGUUGUGCUCAAAAGGGCUUCAAGUGGUCGCAAUGGGUCAGGAAACCGAGACCAAACCGACUCUCAUUAAGAUGUAUGUCAGUGGAAUCAGCGCAAGCAAAGAGGUGAAAAAACGGCAACAGCGAGCCGCCAUGAUUCUCACAUCGAUCCGUGUGAAAUUCGAAGAGAUCGAUAUAACGGAGCCGGGCCGAGAAGAAGAUAGAGAACUUGUCAAGAAACACUGCAAAAACGAGGAGGGAAAUCCCCUUCCACCACCGCAUUUCUUCAAUGACGGUGAAUACUGCGGGAGUUUCGAGGACUUCGAUACGGCGACGGAAUCAGAUCGACUACCCUGGUUUCUCAAGCUGGAUCCAGCGGAAUUCGAGUUCCUUUACGAGAAGAGCCGUUCCGCAUCGGUGGAGAAAGCAUGAAACUCCAUUGUGUGAUUCCGGACAUUCCCAGCAGUCGGCUAACCUACACUGAUCUGAACGUCUUACCUCUACUCCUGUUAAUGUCCUCGAGUGGCUUUCCAUGAAGAUUCUAAUAUUCCCUCAGCGGGCAUGCCUACGACCGUAUCCGAUUUUUUUUGCUGUUCAUCGGAGCUCUAACCAAUAUCGCGCACGUCAGUUUGAAAGACUGGGAGACUGCCUUAAUACGCCUUGUUGACCUUGCUGUGUGUAUUCUGAAUGAUUCUGUAAUUUUUGAUCCGGAAUUGAUGCAUUCAGCAAGAUGUGCAUAAGAGAGAGACACGGUAAUGUAGAGGGAGAGAGCUGUGGAAACGAAUCCGGAUGAUUGGAUCUCUCCGAAAACACCUAGACCCGAAAAGGGGUUCGAUUCAAAUGGACGAUCAAACCGAUCUAGGACUUUUUCCGAGCGUCGGAGUGCCAUUGAGAGUCAGCCUUCGUCAUCGAGGUGAGCCGUGGAAGUGACCCCGGGAGUGAUGUGAUUGUUCCCAAGGAAGCGUUGAAGUGAGAUCGGCCUCUGACAUAACCAGAGGAAGCCUCGAUAACGGAAGCUGCGAAUCACCAUUCGAAGUUCCGAGACUCUGAAGAAUGCCGCACCGUUAGAAAGCCCUCUCGCGAAGCUUCAGCCUCAAAUUGAGCCCAGAUCCAGUCCAUCGAUGCUUAGCCUUGGCUACUGCGGUUCCUGAAUCGACGGAGUGUGAUUCCAUGCGAAUCGAAGACUCCCGAAGCUUUUUCUGCAUCUUAUGACUCGAGGCUGAUAUCGCUGGCCUAAAAGCCGAAAUUCCUGCAUCAGUCGCGAAUGUACCCAUAUGAGAUGUCGAGA